AUGUCCGUGGAGGAAGAUGAUCAGGCGUCGACAGUUGACCCAGACUGCAGCGAUGAAGAGGAUGAUGAUGAUGAUGGAGAGUUUAGUGAGGAGGAAGGAAGUGGAGGCGAAGGUGAUAGGAGCACUGCGCCGGCAGAGGAGUCGCAUGCGCUGGUUCCAGUGGUCAACGAAGGGGCUGCCACAACGCUGGCACUAAAAAACAGCACUACACACAAGGCUCAGUGGGACAAAUUCUGUCGGGAGGCAUUGUCACGCUCUAAGUUUCCUGCAGAGCUGAGCGAAUACUACAACACCAAGAAAACCGAGCUCUUCAACAUAUGGAUGGAUAGUGGAAUGAAUUGGAGCUCUUGCAAACUCGCAGUAGACCGACAAGUCUCCCAGCGCAACGUGGCCUCCAAAGGAUGGCAUGCUGUGCAAGGCAAGACUCUUCGCCAACAGUAUACCAGUGAAAAGUUCGAGAAGCUGAUUCAAGAGAGGCAGAAGCAGGGGUUGUGGUACGAGGAUGACCUCUUCCCAGGUGACCUAGAUGAAGCCUGGUUCUUUGUCAGGGUUGGUGAGAAAGUCAAGCAGGACAAUGAAACGCUUGAGAAGCUAACCCUCACCGCCAAAGCCGAUGUCAAUGAUGACAUGCGAGCCGCUCUCACGGAUGCUGCAGAUGGUGUGCUCCGGCCUGGCGCUUUGCCAUCGACGUCUGCCGUUGGGAAGGAUGGCAACAAAGCUCUCCUGGAUGCGCUUGGAAAGGCUGUGGCUAUCGCAAAGCCUAAAAGGUCAAAAGAACGUGAUGGUCUAGCAGAUCCAGUGAAGCCUCAGACCACCGAAGAAAAGCUGAGCAGUUACAUGCAAGACUUGCUUGCCCAUGCUGCUACUGCUAGAACGCAGUCCAUCAAGCUCUCCACAGUGGGGUAUGCCACGGAGCUGUCAGCCCAAUUGUUGGACCAUGCCAAAAAGCUAGAGGUUACGUUCAAGACAGGUCAGGACGCUUUGAAGAUCAAAGACGAGAAGGAAAUGACCGCUCUCAUCAAGAAGGUCGAUAAGCUCAUUGCUUUUGGUGAUCAAGCGAAGGCCAGCUACCGAUCAAACCGAUUCCAAACCAAUUCAGCUGCUGCUGCUGCUUUCCUGCGACCGUCGAGCAAGGGGCGUGCCAAAGCGAAAGCGAAAGCGAAUACGAAGACGAAGCGACGACGGCUUCCUCUUGAAUCCUAUGAGCAGUCUGCGACAGUGACAAAGCUGACAGACUUGAUUGGGAGAGGGCAAGUAAGCAUAGCAGCAGCUGCUGACAUUGCAAGAUGUGUGGUACGCAGCGCGGUGGAAAAGGUCAUCGCUGAGGUGUUCAGUUGGAGCAUGAAAUGCUGUUCCAGCGGCAUUGCCCCUUCGCGAGGGUUCUACAAUGAGGAAUUCCUGCCAAAGACCUCCAGGUUUGAAAUGCGAGGGCAGCAGUUAGCUUUGGGAUGGAAGGCUGCCUACUUUUGUAUGAAGGGCGAUCUCAAAGCUAGGCACCAAAUGAAUGGUUUCCAGCGGUGGUAUCAAUGCUCAAUGCUUUGCGAUAGUUGCCUCGCUUCUUGCGGUAAGCACUGCGAAGAUCCAAUGAACUACAGGAAUUUCGGACAGGGGGCAGCCUGGCCGCUGACGUGUCUGUCUCACGAGGCUUACAUGGCCUUAGAGCUAGUUCCCUCGCCGUGGACUGCCGUUCCAGGAUUUCGCUUGGAAACCAUUGCAUGGGACUUGCUCCACAAUGUCUUCCUCGGCACAGGGAGGGACCUAGUGGCUAGUGCAAUUCGAGUUUUGAUCAGGGAGGGCAUCUAUGACCAUGUUGGAUCUUCUGAGCUGGAUGUUAUCCUCAGCGCAGUUCACGAGGAAAUCCGCACGACAUGCAAGCAGAACGGGUUCUAUCUCCCACCGAAACCGGUUUUGAGCGAAGCCAACAUGGGCGGUUCUGACUAUGCAGAAAUCGGUACACGAUACAAGGCAUCUCAUGUCAAGUGCCUAAUUUGGUGGGCUGCGCAGAAGACACGGCAGGUUGCAGAUGUUGCCCCUGACAACGUCCAACUUCAAGUUCUGGCUACGUGUUGCUGGGGUGUUCAAAGGUGCAUCGAAAUUUCCGACCACGCGGGCCUCAUCCUGGAUGUGAUCGAAGCAAAAGAAGCUUCCGAUGCCUUGCGGACGCACAUUCGAUGUUUCGCUUGGCUUUCGCUUCACUACCAUGAUCUGAAAACCAACCUCUUCAAGGUGAGGCCAAAGAGUCACUACAUAUGCCAUAUGGCAGAUAGCUUAGUUUCCUCAAGGAUGAACUUCAACUCGUUUCACACCUUCGACGAGGAGAGUUUUUUGGGAAAGAUAAAAGCGAUAUGCCAAAAGACUCAUGGUAGCACAAUGACCCAGAGGGUCUUUCAGCGUUACAGGCUUUGCUUGGCUUUGUUCUUGCACCAAAGCAGGCAACUUGAAGCUCAGCUCGACUGA